CUCUUCUUUCUUCUCCUCAUCCCAUUCUUUCCAUCCAAAGAUCUGAUUCUUACUUUCGCAGCUGUUGCUUGCGCCUUUCUUUUCACUUUUUCUCUACGAGAUCAUUCCAUUCUUUGCAGACCCUGGUGGUUUAGCUAUUCUUCGUGUCCAACUCUACGAAAAUUACCACUACAUCAAUCCUUUUUUUAAAAGCAACAUUCAAGAUGCGAUCCUCCUUCUCUACCGCUCUGGCCCUCGUCGCCGCCCUCCCCACCGCCUUCGCGCACUACAACUUCGACGCCCUCAUUGUCAACGGCAAGGUCACCGAGCCUUAUGAGUAUGUCCGCAAGACCACCAACAACAACAGUCCCAUCACCGACGUCACCUCCAAGGACAUCAUCUGCAAUGCUGGCGGUCUCGACAAGGAUAUCCGCGCUGCUACCAAGACUCACGCUGUUUCUCCCGGUGAUGAGGUUGGUUUCACUGUCGCCAACGACAUGGGCCACCCCGGUCCUCUCGCCGUCUACUUGAGCAAGGCCCCUGAUGGCACUGAGGCCUCUGACUACCUCGGUGACGGCGACUGGUUCAAGGUCUACGAGAUGACCUGGAAGACGAUUGGUGAGAACGGCAUUGAGUGGGCCAACUACAUGAACGGCCAGUCCAAUGGUAUCACCAACUUCACCUUUACUCUUCCCAAGGAGACUCCCAAGGGUACUUACCUCAUGCGCGCUGAGCACGUUGGUCUUCACGGCGCUGGUGAGAAGAACGGUGCCCAGUUCUACAUUGGCUGCGCUCAGCUCACCGUUGAUGGUACCGGUGCUGGCAAGCCUUCUCCCGUCGUGUCUCUCCCUGGUGCUUAUACCGCCACCGACCCCGGUCUGCUCCUCAGCAUCUACUACCCUCCCGUCACCAACUACACUGCUCCUGGUCCCAAGGUCUGGCCCAGCGGCUGUGAGGAUCACACUCCCAACUUUGCUGGCCAGGCUAGCGACGGUGACUGCACCAAUGACAAGGGUUCCGACUCCGGCUCUGGUUCUGGCAGCGCUGCCCCCGUUGCCAGCGAUGCUCCUGCCACUGAGGCUCCUGUUGCCUCUUCUCCUGCUACCGAUGCUCCCGCUGCUUCUGCCCCUGCUACUACUGAGGCUGCCAGCGCUGCUACCCCCACUGAGGCUCCCGUCGAGCAGCCCGCCGAGACCUCUGCCCCCGUUGCCACCAAGGCUCCUUCUACUGGUGGCAAGUGCAAGGCCAAGCGCGCCGCUAAGCGAGCUCUUAAGGCUAAGCGUGCUCUCAAGCACUAAGCUGAGUUAUUAUGAGAUGGAUGAUUGAGUUUCUGACCUUUGCGUGGAUGGAAUGAUGGAUCAUUACUGGAUCCCACGUAAAACUUCUUUGUACAUAGUGAUUGAAUCACGUAUACAUAUGGCAAUUGACGU